ACAAACGCAAGCUCAGAAAUGAUCCUCGUAGAGGACACACGAUGGCUUUUUGUGUGCUCUUCAUGUUAGGUAAAUGGCGCGGAAAUCCAAGUCCAUCAGGGUUUAUGUAAGGGACUGGCUUCACUUCUGGGUCAUGUUUUGGUACAUCCAGUUCCACUGUUUGCUCGGUGAAGAGUUCACGAUGAGUCACCGAGGAGAGCUGGUUGCCAAAAUGCCCGAGAAACGCGCUGGACUCUGUACUUGUGUUUGUUUCACUUCUGGCUCGAUUGCGUUAGCUUGCUUUGUAGCACAAAACAAAAUAAAAAUCGCUGACACAGCUGUAGGUGUAGCUCAGAUCAAACUGUUAAACUUGUAGAGUCCCUCCAGUUGUUGUAAAACACCCAAGACCUGUAGGCCUGAAGGGUGGCACGCCGACGUGCAGGGUCUCUGUCAGGGCUGUCAGCUGAACCAACUGCUUCUUAGUAAAUAAACAAACAAAUAGGUGGGCAUCCUCAAGGAAGGCUUCUCCAGAGAAAACAACGAAACACCGCUACCACUCCUUUCCUAAAGGCUCAACUGCCUCACCUAGAGUCUCAGACUCUGAAUAGCUCUUUUGAAGACAGCUUUGAUUAUUACUUUUUGUAACAAAGCAAUAGAUUUAAUUUUUUUUUUUUAUCACUGUGCAAGAUUGAUCUGCACAGUUUGUGAAUCUGGCACAGCUCUUGAGUUGUUUGAUUGAAGACUUUUUGAGCAGUCAAAAUAUAUUUGAUUAGAAGGCUCAGAGGAAGACAAGAUAACAGAGACUUACUGCAAACUGACUGUUUAUAUUGCCAGGUAUGAUUAAUACGUUUCUGCUGAAAUAAUAGAGAAGUGGAAAGGAAAGCAACCGUGUUGCCAACACAAACAACUGAUCUGAGUCUGGAGCAGUUCUUACUUUGCCUGCUAUUCUCUAACUCUUUCUCUGAAAAGUUAACCUUCAAACAAAACCAGAGGGACCCUUAAUUCAAGGCAUUUUAAUUAUGUUGGAACUGCAGCAUAUAUUAGUACAUGCAGCCACGAGUGGCAGCUCGCAUUCAACGCUCUAGUAAUGCCAUAAUGGGCCGAAUGGCUGGACUGAAGUACUGAACAUAGCAAGGAAAUCCCCAUGUUUUUAUAAACCAGACAUAACUCUUUUACUCAUAGAAAAGUCAGGAGGGCCUGGAGCUUUCUGUGUGGCUGUCUACCAAAGUCCUCAAAUUAAAUUCUUCUUUUAUUUCGACCCAUGCCUGCAUGUGGUGCAAGGAUGCCCCAUAACGCCGUCCACUGUUCUUGAGAAGGCGACCAAAGAGGAGGAGAAAGGGUAGGAAAUGACGGAGUGUUUGACAGAAUACAAAGCGCUGGUGACUCCGUCCACGCGCAAUGGUCACCGUGUCUUCAGCUACACGCUCAAGAGCCACACGUCGGCUGCCUUCGCCAUCAUGAAUGAGCUGCGGCUGGAGCGGCAGCUGUGCGACGUCACGCUGCGCGUGCGCUACAAGGACCUGGAGGCGGUGGACUUUGUGGCUCACAAGGUGGUGUUGGCCUCCUCGUCCCCGGUCUUCAGGGCCAUGUUCACCAACGGCCUGAAGGAGUGCGGUAUGGAGUUGGUGCCCAUCGAAGGAAUUCACCCCAAGGUAAUGGACAGACUGAUAGAGUUUGCCUACACAGCCAGCAUCUCUGUGGGUGAGAAGUGUGUCAUCCAUGUGAUGAAUGGUGCUGUCAUGUACCAGAUAGACAGCGUGGUCAAGGCCUGCUGUGAUUUCCUCGUCCAGCAGCUUGACCCCAGCAACGCUAUUGGCAUUGCCAGCUUUGCAGAGCAGAUCGGUUGCACAGAGCUCCACCAGAAGGCCAGAGAAUACAUCUACAUGAACUUCAGCCAGGUAGCAACCCAAGAGGAAUUCUUCAACUUGUCCCACUGCCAGCUGGUCAACCUGAUCAGCCGCGACGAGCUCAACGUGCGCUGUGAGUCCGAAGUCUUCCAGGCAUGCGUGGCCUGGGUGCGAUAUGACCGGGAGAACAGGCGACCGUACGUCCAAGCCUUACUCCAGGCUGUCCGCUGCCAUUCCCUCACCCCCAACUUCCUGCAGACCCAGCUUCAGUCUCUGGACUGGGACCCACAGUGUAAAGACUACCUGGCUCAGAUCUUCCAGGACCUCACCCUCCACAAACCCACCAAAGUGAUUUCUUGCAGAACUCCCAAGGUGCCGCAGCUCAUCUACACAGCAGGGGGUUAUUUCCGUCAGUCGCUCAGCUACCUGGAGGCUUACAACCCUUGCACGGGAACCUGGCUGAGGCUUGCCGACCUGCAGGUACCCCGAAGCGGCCUGGCCGCCUGUGUGAUCAGUGGGCUUUUCUAUGCUGUUGGUGGAAGAAACAACGCGCCUGAUGGUAACAUGGACUCAAACGCUUUAGACUGUUACAAUCCUAUGAACAACUGCUGGCUGCCGUGUGCACCCAUGAGCGUGCCCAGGAACCGAAUCGGAGUCGGAGUCAUCGAUGGCAUGGUAUAUGCAGUUGGUGGAUCACAUGGGUGCAUUCAUCAUAAUAGUGUGGAAAGGUAUGAUCCAGAACAGGAUCAGUGGCAGCUGGUAGCCCCGAUGUUAACACGACGUAUCGGUGUGGGUGUGGCGGUCAUCAACCGGCUGCUCUACGCUGUGGGGGGGUUCGACGGGGCCAACCGGCUCAGCUCCUGUGAGUGCUACAACCCUGAGAAGGAUGAGUGGAAGACCAUGGCUCCGAUGAACACGGUCCGCUCCGGAGCUGGCGUGUGUGCACUUGGCAAUCAGAUCUUUGUGAUGGGCGGAUACGACGGCACCAACCAGCUGAACACGGUGGAGCGCUAUGAUGUAGAAACCGAUACGUGGAGCUUUGCUGCCUCCAUGAGGCACAGACGCAGUGCUCUGGGAGUCACUGCGCUGCAUGGACGCAUCUAUGUGUUGGGAGGUUACGAUGGCAGCACUUUCCUCGACAGUGUGGAGUGUUACGACCCAGAGCAGGACACUUGGUCAGAGGUGACCCACAUGACUUCAGGCCGCAGCGGCGUGGGAGUGGCUGUCACCAUGGAGCCCUGCCAAAAGGAUUUAUUGCAGUGUCAGGCGUGUGACGGUGGAAGAACCAGUGGCAAGGCGGACCCUUCGGCAAAUGCACGCGAAGAUCUGAGCAGGACCCGAUCCACACACUGACACGCAUCUCAAAACUGACCUGUGAAAACUGGUCCUUUAAAUUGAGUGUCGUUAUAAGAUCCAGACAGUCCAGCUUUGUGCUCCAACGCGGCAUUUAAAGCCCUCAGCUAGAUCAUAAUUUGUAAAGUUCAAGAAAAGGGCUCCAUAGUAAAAAGGUCACUUUACUGGCCCGAUGAGUCAUCAGGGGCUCUUUAUUGCAUUUAAAGAGCAAACUAAAUCUGAUAGGUGAAGGAAAUACUUCAAGCGAUCAGAUUAUGUAAACAAAACGUAGCAUUUGUGUGUGUGUGUGUGUGUGUGUGUGUGUGU